AUGAUCCCGAUUUCUUUGGAGAAAAGUCCCUCGCGGAUGGAGGCCCGGAAAUUCCACCAUCACUCCUCGCAAACUUCGUCCAUUUAUCGAACGGGUAUUUCGACGGUGGCCAAAGCGGCGGUGCUUUCGUCGGCGAUGUUGGCAAGGAAGAACUCGUCGACUAGAAUUGGUGGCACUCAAUUCGCACCCCGUGAAUCCAUCGCUAUCAUUUCGGAUAUGCUCACGAAUACACCGAAAAGGCCACCGAAUAAGGACUACCUCGAUAACGACUAUGUGGAGAAUAUCUUGAAAUCUGCUUGUUUGUUGUCUCUAUUUACAGUCUGCAUCCAUACCCCAGUCACUUUCGGCGUUUGGUGGCUGUUGAGCUAUUUGGUGUGGGCGAUUGAUGGGAUUUGCGUGCUGCUCUUCUCGGCCGAUAUCGUCGCCCGAGCGAUUCGUGAUGGAAUUUAUCGAGACAGAGACUCACUGUUAACCCAUCGAUGGUCACAAUUCGAUGUGUUCAUGCUGAUCGCCCAUUGGGGUUCAUUGGUGUUGCACACGUAUCAAUUGAUAGGUACCCAUUUCCCGCACCUCAUCCUCCCCUAUUACGAUUGGUUUGGUGUGAUUCGAUCCGUUCGCCCGUUCAUCAUCAUUCGUUUGUUGAGAUUGGCGGUCAAGUUCAAAUUGCCGAAGCACCGGAUCGAGCAAUUAUUGAAACGUUCCUCUCAACAAGUGCAAAAUGUGACCGUGUUUUUCGUCUUUUUUAUGGCUUUUUACGCGAUCAUGGGCAUUCAGCUCUUUGGAAGAAUGGACUAUCAUUGUGUAUUGAAAACCACCGAUCCGAACAAUGUGACGAUAGCCGACUUGGCAAUCCCGGACACAAUGUGCAGCAAACCGGGAGGUGGUGGCUACGAGUGCCCCUUACCGAUGGUCUGUAUGAGGCUAAAUAUGGAUGCGAAAACCGAGGGUUUCUAUGGGAUGUUCAACGAUUUUGGUGCUUCCGUAUUCACUGUAUAUCUGGCGGCCUCCGAAGAGGGAUGGGUCUAUGUUCUGUAUGACUGUAUGGACUCUCUUCCAUCACAUCUCGCUUUUAUCUACUUUCUUACGCUCAUCUUCUUUUUGGCUUGGCUGGUCAAGAACGUGUUCAUUGCGGUGAUCACAGAAACGUUUGCCGAGAUUCGCGUGCAAUUCAGCGAGAUGUGGCAGAAGAAAGAAGUGACCGUGGAUGAUGGAUUUAAGCAGAAACUCGAGAAAACGGAGGACGGUUGGCGUUUGGUUCGAAUGGAUGAGAAUCUCCACGUUGAGGGGCAUCGACAAAAAUUGCAAACGUUUCUCCGAUCGAUGGUUUUCCAAUGUUUGGUCAUCGUUUUUGUUUUGCUGAACGCGGCGGUGAAUGCCUCAUUUGUGCAUAAACAUGAUCAAAGCGAUGUGAUUCGGAGGGAGAAUUACUGGUACAUUGAGAUCGGUUUCACGAUUCUCUUCAACAUCGAAUGCUUGGCGAAAAUCGUGUGCUUCGGUUGGCGGCCGUUCAUUAAAAGAGGGAUUUUUAAAUUCGAGUUAAUUUUGUGCAUCGGAAGCUCGUUGAAUCUGAUCAAAUACUUUUACGAGCGCAACUAUUUCACGUAUUUCCAAGCAUUUCGCCUCCUUCGACUCAUCAAAGCCUCGCCAAUCCUCGAGGAUUUCGUGUGGAAAAUCUUCAGUCCCGGGAAAAAGCUCGGUGGCCUCGUCAUCUUCACCAUCACUUUUGUUAUCAUCGCCUCUGCAAUUUCCCUCCAACUCUUCAACUCUGUGCCAAAUUUGCCGUAUUUUCACACGUUUCCUCAAGCUUUCAUGUCGAUGUUCCAAAUCAUCACUCAAGAGGGAUGGACGGAUUUCGUCGUUGAAGUCCUCCGCGCCACUCCCGAUGGAAUUGUCCCUUUCGUGGCUAUUUAUUUUGUCGCUUAUCACCUUUUCGUUACACUGAUCGUUCUUUCCUUAUUCGUGGCCGUUAUUCUCGACAAUUUGGAGAUGGACGAAGAGUUGAAAAGAGUGAAACAAUUGAAGGCAAGAGAAGCGACCACUGAAAUGCGCUCGACUCUCCCGUGGCGUUUGCGGGUUUUCGAGAAAUUCCCGACUCGACCGCAAAUGGUUCGGAUGAAACGCGUGGAUUCUGAGUUUCCGAUGCCAAAAGUACGAGAUAGUUUCACACAUCAAUUCGCUGUCGAACACGCCGAUCCGGAGAGUCCGGAUUUAGAAAUCGAGACGACCAAGUGCGUCUUUCGCUUAGCGGCUUUUAAAAGGAAAUCGUAUCGAAUGGAGCCACACGUGAGACACAUCGGAAGUACGUCGAUGAAAGCAUCAAUCGCCAACUUGCUUGACUAUUCGGAUCGAACUCGUCAACUCGUGGCCUCGUCUUUUCAUUUCCUGCCCCGUUUAUCCCAAUCGGUGCACCGAAGAAAAGACGCGAUACCCUUCAGCAAGGCUCGACAACAGCCAGCAAAAAUGUUCAAUCAUCCACAUCAAUCGUCUUUUCAAUCGAAAUAUUUUGAGCAUUUCGAGAAUGGCGAUUUGAUUCGACCAUCGGAUUCGGCUCCGAAGAAAGAUGCGAAACAGGGAGAAAUCGACAUUCGAGCACUUCAACAAAAACGACAAUUGGCUGAGAUUACAAGGAAUCGAAUCGAAGAAGAUAUGCGGGAAAAUCAUCCAUUCUUCGAUCGUCCACUUUUCAUGGUCGGACGAGCAUCAAAAAUGCGAGACUUUUGCAAAAAGAUUGUACACGCGAAAUACGAUCAAAGUGAAGAGACGUCGCUGGGUGGAGCCGUGAAAGCACAAAGGAGAUAUAAAGAGCUACACGCUCUGGUCGGUCUAAUGCCGUACCUCGAUUGGUCGAUGGUUUUGAUCACGGUUCUCUCGUGCGUUUCGAUGCUUUUCGAAAGUCCCUGGCCGACCAAUGGAUCCUAUCUUGUCAUGAACAAUUUCUAUCUACAAAUAGCCGACUAUUUGUUCGUUUUGUGUAUGACAUUCGAAUUGAUUGUGAAAAUUAUUUCAAAUGGCCUCUUUUUCACGCCACAUGCUGUGGUCAGAGAUGUGGGCGGAGUCAUGACCAUGUUCAUUUAUUUUACCUCAGUCAUAUUCCUUUUUUGGAUGCCGGAAAGUGUUGAGAUCAACUCUUUAGCGCAAAUGUUGAUGAUUUGCAGAGCAAUGCGACCGUUAAGAAUCUACACUCUUGUGCCGCACAUUCGGCGGGUUGUUCUAGAGUUCUUCCGUGGCCUCAAAGAGAUCCUUUUGGUAACAAUUCUCCUGAUCGUUUUGAUGUUCAUCUUUGCGGUGAUGUCCGUGCAAAUUGUUGGCGGAAAGCUGGCAGCGUGCAAUGAUCCGAAUGUCACGAUACGGGACAAUUGCACUGGUGUCUUUGAGCAGAAGAUCUUCGUCACCCGGAUGGAGGUUUUCGGGAAAAACGAUGAGAGUCUCCAUCCGAAGAUUUUGGUGCCGAGAGUUUGGACGAAUCCACGGAAUUUCAACUUUGAUCACAUUGGGAACGCGAUGUUGGCUUUAUUCGAAACUCUUUCAUAUAAAGGAUGGAAUGUCAUACGGGAUAUUGUUUAUAUUAGACAUGGACCGUGGGCAGUCAUCUUCAUUCACAUUUAUGUCUUUAUCGGCUGCAUGAUCGGCUUGACGCUUUUCGUCGGCGUCGUCAUCGCGAAUUACACGGAGAAUCGGGGCACCGCCUUGCUAACUGUCGAUCAACGUCGAUGGCACGACUUGAAGGCUCGUCUCAAGAUGGCUCAACCCCUUCACGUGCCACCAAAACCCCGUGAGAGUGCCCGUGUUCGGAAUCUCUUCUACGAGUUCACGACUGGAAAAGUCUUUGAUCGAAUCUUCAAUUUCCUUGUCGUUCUCAACUCGGCCACUUUGAUCGUUCCAUGGAAUGUCGAAGAGGAAGAGGAACGUUUCAAUGUUCUUUUCGCUGUCACUUCCCUCGCUGCGAUCAUCAAUGUUUUGUUCGCUGUCGAGAUUGUGCUAAAAGUGGUGGCUUUUACGGGCUCAGGCUUCUGGCAAUCUAAACGCAAUCGAAUUGAUCUCUUCAUCACGGCGUUAGGUCUCCUGUGGGUGAUUUCGCAUUUCUUCAUCGCCGUUCCCCAGAUGAAUUUGAGUCGAAACUCAGAUUUCCGAAAGUUCACCUACACCGGCGGAUACAUCGUUGUCAUUCUACGCUUUUUCACUCUAGCAGGUCGUAACUCGACACUGAAAAUGCUGAUGAACACGGUGGUGAUGUCAAUGUUUCGAUCGUUUUUCAUCAUUACCGCCAUGUUUUUAUUGGUGUUAUUCUAUGCAUACACUGGAGUGAUUCUCUUCGGAAUGGUUAAAUAUGGGCAAGCAGUGAGCAAGCAUGUUAACUUUCGAACGGGUUCUGAGGCGCUUGUCGUUUUGUUUAGGAGUAUCACUGGCGAGGAUUGGAACGAUAUUAUGCACGAUUGUAUGCGAAGUCCCCCCUUUUGUUACUGGCAAGAGGGGAUCAACUAUUGGCAAACGGAUUGCGGCAAUUAUUAUGGAGCGAUCAUCUAUUUUUGCUCUUUCUAUCUAAUUAUUACAUAUAUUGUACGGAAUCUUCUUGUCGCUAUUAUCAUGGAGAACUUCUCAUUGUUCUAUUCGAGUGAAGAAGAUGCUUUACUUUCUUAUGCUGAUAUUAGGAAUUUUCAAAAUGUUUGGAAUAUUGUCGAUUUUGAGCAGAAAAGAGCGAUUCCUGUGGGAAGAGUGAAAUUUCUGUUACGAUUAUUGAAAGGUCGUUUGGAAGUGGAUCCGGAAAAAGAUCGAAUUCUUUUUAAACAUAUGUGCUAUGAAAUGGAAAGAUUGCAUAACGGGGACGAUGUUUCAUUUCACGAUGUUUUAUAUAUGUUAUCGUAUCGAUCGGUGGAUAUUCGUAAAUCACUUCAACUUGAAGAGCUUUUGCAGCGCGAGGAACUCGAGUUCAUCAUUGAGGAAGAGGUAGCUAAACAAACAAUUCGCACGUGGCUGGAGACGUGUUUGCGACGAAUUCGAAACCCAAAACAGAAAGAUUCGUUCGUCGAGAUGAUGGCCAAGUAUCCAAAUCCAAAUUCUGCUGGCAUUCAAUCACUUUCUACUGUUUCCGAUAAGUCUGAGAUGCCGAAAUUUCGCUUUGGAGCCCAAGAUGGGGCAUCGUCGAAUGGCUCAGAGGACGGUGACGAGCCGAAAGAGCCGCCAAUUCGGAAGAAAGCGAUGAAAAGUCGACGAAGCAGCAUUCCCGAUGUGUUUCCGACAACAACUCUCUUCCACGAAGCAGCCAGGAAAUUGAUGGCUACAACGGGUGGUGGAAGUGAGAAAAAGGAUCGGAAGAAGAAAGAAUCGAUCAUCGGACAAUCGGCAAUUUGUGGAGGAGCACAGGGAAAAGAAAGAGAAGGCAUCGGAGCGAUGGGAGAGACUGUACAACUGUUGCCGAGACAGAGGAGUCACUCGGAACACAAGAAAAGCCUCAUCCCGAAGCAGUUACAUCUCUCCGUGUACGAUUUGCCGGACGUCGAGGAGCGAGAAGAGGGUCUUUUCUCGCCGCCGCGAACCGCCGAGCCGGCUGCUGAGGCAUUCUUGUGGAUGAGUGGAGCGCUGAUGGAGAACAAGUUGACAGGUCAACCAUCACCGAAAUUCGGCGAGAGCCCGAUGCGUGCAGCCCAGGAUGUGAAUGAGUGGUGGCAAUCGCUCAUCAAC